AUGGGUUACCCAGAGACGUUCGACGGCUUCUGUCCCAAGCCGUUUGAGAGCCACGACGUCGACGUGCAAAUCGAGUGCUGUGGUGUCUGCGGCUUCGAUAUCCACACAGUAACCGGCGGGUGGGGAGAGUUCAAGGGGCCGCUCUGCGUCGGGCACGAGAUCAUCGGCAAAGCCGUCCGGGUGGGCAAGGAUGUCAAGAACAUCAAGGAGGGAGACAUUGAGACGUACGCGCUCACGCACUCGCCGCACAAGGUCGAGGACGCCAAGAAGCUCGGUGCCAAGGAGGUGAUCGUCACGUCCGACGACAAGAAGUGGGCAGAGCCGCUGGCGUUCAAGUUCGACUUCGUCCUCAACUGCUCCGACAUGACCAACAAGUUCGGCCUGCCCACGUACCUGUCGAUCCUCAAGGUCGGCGGCCAGUUCCACAUGGUCGGCUUGCCCGACAAGCCGCUCCCAGAGGUCCCGGAUAUGGACGCCAUGCUGAAGCUCGCCGCCGACAAGGGCGUCCGACCACAGGUCGAGUCCAUCGACAUCUCGGAGAAGGCGUGCAAGGAGGUUGUGGAACGGGUCCGGGACAGUAAGGUUCACUACCGCUUCACCUUGACCAGGUUUAAUAAGGCCUUUGGAACGAAGUGA